AUGUCUAUCGUUGCAGAUUACCCUUCAGUGGGUAGCCAUAGGGGGCUUCAUCGUCAUCACAAACAUGAAGUGGAAAAGGUUCCCAGCCAGCACUUUAGGGUUGGAUACCAGAAGGUGACAUUGGAUAUUGAUCUAGCGGAAAGGACAAUAUACGGAGAAACGGAAAUCACAGCACUUCCAUUGGAGUCAUCUUUGAAAGAGAUAAAGCUAGAUUGCCGGAAUAUUCAAAUCAAGUCGGUCAUUAUCAAUCAGCGGCGGGCAAACUUCAAUUACGGUGACUUUUCGCAGAAUGAUGAAUACAUGAACGACCCGGAGAAUCCUGUUUUGGCCGAUUACAAGUACAAUCCAUACACCGAAAUUAAUUCUGACAACAUUUCAAUAUCACAGCAUCAUCUCUACAGGGGGAAGUUUUAUCCGCUGUAUUCAGACCAAAACAACUCAGACCAUCCAUCGGCAGCCCAGCAACGGCAAACUUCGGAGCUAGUGAUCAAAAUUCCCGACAGUAUCAACUUGCGUCUGCAGUCGAAUGCAUCCAGACCUACACUUUCAUCUCCAAUGGGUACCACAAGGUCUAUAAACGGCACUCCAGUCACUGCAAAUAGCUUGAUGAACUCCGACAGGGUCUACACGCCGCUCAAUUUGAAGAUUAUAUACACCGUGAAGAACAGUCGAAAUGGUAUCAGGUUCUUUGGUGGACGAAAUACAAGCAUUCCUAGAGAUCGCUGGUUCUGCUACACUUUCAACAAUGAUCUACACACCAGUGCUAGCACGUGGGUCCCUUGUAUAGACAACUUCAACGAGAAGCCGGCCUGGGAUAUCAACAUUGUUGUUCCGAAGACAAUCGGGGAUAUUGGAAGGGAGAAGAUUAUAGGCACUAAAGAGGCAGAGGAGGCGUUGAGGCAGAUCCAGCUUGAGGAAAUGGACGAGGAUGAUGCUGAUGUUGAUGCUGAUGGUGAGUCGAAGGUGGAGGUGGGUGGAAGUAAAGUGGAUAAUGGUGCUAAAGAUGAAGAUACUGAAAAGGGCGAAAAUGAUGAAGAAACCACAGAUAAAGAUUUAAGUGCAGAUGACAACAAACCCGACGAAAGUUCCGAUAACGGAGUGGAUGAAAGUCGCCAGAUUGUUGUUGCAGUCCCAGACUUGGUGAGUUUCAAAGAGACACCCCAUAAGGUCGAUAUGAGUAAGAAGGUGGUUAAUUUUCAGUUCUACAACCCUGUUUCUGCCCACCACCUGGGAUUUGCCAUCGGUCCAUUUGAAAAGGUUCCUUUACUUGAGCCAUCGCCUUCAAAUGGUAAGCUUGUUCCUAGAAAGGCGUUUUUAGCCUCUUUUGCCGAUGAGAAUGAAGAGCCUUUGGACAUGUCGAUGGAAGCAAACUCAAACAAGGUCCCUACCAUGUAUUACUUUCUUCCCGGCCGCAGGGAGGAGGUGGUAAAUUCAACCUUGUUUAUGUACAAGGCGCUCAACUUCUACUCGAAGGAGUUCAGCUCAUUUCCAUUUACCAGCUACACAGUUGUCUUCCUUGAAGAUUUCCCAUCCGAUCUGUGCACAUUUGCUGGAAUGACCAUUGCCAGUGACAAGCUUCUUUACGGUCCAAGACUUAUUGAACCAUCUUUUAAAACGACAGACAUCCUCUCUUCAGCACUUGCGGAACAGUAUUCAGGUGUGAAUGUACUUCCAAAGUCGCUCAACGAUAUCUGGUGUACAACUGGGCUUGCCGGCUACAUGUCGCUUCAAUUCUUGAAGAAGCUUUAUGGAGUCAACAUGUUCAAGUACAUGAUCAGGCAGAAAUCCGAGUUGCUAUGCCGAUUGGACAUCAACAAGAGGCCAAUGUCCAAUCAACAUUUCAGAUUUCCCAUUAACUGGCAUCUCGACUUGGAGUUUUUGAGGCUAAAGGCGCCUUUAAUCCUUUACAUAUUGAAUCAACGAAUGGUGCGCACCGACAGAUCAUUUGGUCUUUCACGUGUUAUUCCAAAGAUAUUCUUACAGGCCAUGUCCAAUGACUUGGCACACGGAAAUUGUCUCUCAACUUCUCACUUCCAACAUGUAUGCGAGAAAGUCGUUCAUCAUAAACUAGAUGGAUUCUUUGAAAACUGGGUUCACAAUCCCGGAGUUCCCAGAUUUACAAUCAGUCAAAAGUUUAACAAGAAGCGCAUGUUUAUCGAGAUGUCUAUCAGACAGACACAAUCCUCUACAAAAAUGAAACGUUUGGCUGUUGAAAAUGACGAGGAAUUGACCUUGCCUGAAAUGAGAAGAUACGUCCAGCAGUUCAAGAAUAAGUAUUUUAUUGAUGAGGCAGACCAAAUGGUAACCGGUGAGGAAUCUUUUGAGCCGUUACCUGCCUUCACAGGUCCAAUCACAAUUCGUAUUCAUGAGGCAGACGGAACGCCUUACGAGCAUAUUUUAUAUAUUAGAGAGCCUUACACGAAGUUUGACAUUCAAUACAAUACCAAGUACAGAAGAACACGGAGACGGAAGGAGGGACUUCUAGACGAUUCAGAGGAAAACAAAAGCUCAAACUCUGAAGGGUAUUUGGGAGACAUUCUUAUGACCUCAUCUGAGGCUGCAAAAUGGGGAUUGAAGGAAGAUGCCACAGAUGAAAGUACAAAUAUUGCAGAAAUGCAGUCGUAUGCUUUUGAGUGGAUGCGAUUUGAUGCUGAUAAUGAAUGGAUAUGUGAGAAGCACAUUAACGUUAGUGAUGAGAUGCAGGAGUCAAUGCUUCAACAGGAUAGAGAUGUGGACGCACAAAUGGAAGCAGUGCAAUAUUUUGGAAACAUUGUGAGGCCCAAGUUACACUUUGCCAAUAUCUUGUUGCGAACACUUCUUGACACCAGGUAUUUUUAUGGUGUUAGAAUCGAGGCGGCACAUGCCUUGGCAAGAAUAUCUAGCGAGGAUAAUGAUCAUAUUGGAAUGAGAUACUUGUUGCGGGCAUUUAAGAGGUGCUAUUGCUACAAUCAUAAUUCUGCUUCUUCGUAUGAUGAGUUUGAUCCUAAGGAAUACCACCCCCUUCCAAACGAUUUUUCAUGCUACACAGAUAUGCUUGUGAUGAAGUCAAUCGUUCAAAGUCUUUCCGAAGUCAGAAAUCAAGAUGGCGAUUCUCCUAUUGAGUUGAAGAAAAUUAUCUUAACCAUCUUCCGAUACAAUGAUAACAUGGAUAAUGAGUUUGACGACUCUCUGUUUGUUUGCGAGAUGUUGAGAUCGUUAUCCCUGAUCAUUGAACACUCCAAGAAGUUUCUUCCGAAUCACAAAGUUUCCGUAUUGGAUAAUGUAGAAGCUACGACCGACAUAGGUUUAGAAAUUUCUCGCGAGGCAAUGAUGGAAAUUAACCGUGCAGUGAAGAUGGAUGGACUACAAUCUUCCUAUCACAACUGCAUAACGGUCACCGCCUUUGAGGAGAAAUUAAAUCUUUGUAAGCGGGGCUUGAUUAAGUUGAGGUUCGAGGAACUCAUCAAAUACACGCAUCCAAGGAAUGACACGGAAAUUAGACUUAUGGCAUUUCGAGCAUUACUACUACUUGGUGGUUUGAGAAACACAGCUGUGUUAAGAUUGCUAUUUGUCACACUGAAACUUGAGAAAAGUGAGUACUUGAAAGAGUCGCUUGGUGAGCUUUUUGUUGAAUCUAUUGGGUCAGAAGCUAAUGAAGGAACCCUUGUUGAUGCUGAACCAAGCCAUGAGAACUCUCAAGGUAUCAAUCAUGUUGAAUCACAGGUCAGAAAUUCAAACGGCACAAUGAGCUCUGGCUUGUCCAUUAUUCAGGAGGAAUCGACGAACGAUAUAAUGGAAUCUCGAAAAAUUCAGAUGGCCAGAAAAACAAUCAAUGGCCGUAUUGAAAUAUUACGCAAUGUUAUUGCUGAUAAGAGCGGUCUUAAGGAUAUUUUAUGGGAUGCCGUUCAUUCUUGUCUUUUGCCAAUUGGCAUUAAGCGUGAUCUUUUGGACGCGAUUGCCUUGCUAUAUCCGGCUGAAAACUCUUUUAAAAUCAAGACUGAUUUACCUGCUGAUAAGAAGGUCGUUGCCCGUUGGAAUGAAAAGGAUGUCGAACCAAAUAAAAAGUUCCCUGUUACAUUGAAGAGAGAGGGAAGACUAACAAUCCAGAUCCCAUCAAUCCAAUUGAAGACAACAUUCACGAACCCGGUUUUAAAAGUGAAAGCACGUCAUCCAGAAAAGACAACUUCACGGUUAACAUUGACAACGAGUAAUCCUAAAAAGUUAGCAGUGAAAAUGGAAAAUCAAAUUACAGUGAAAACUCAGGAGAGGAAGAAAGUUCUCGUCAGUCGUAUGGAUCAAUCUUUAAAGAUUACCCUGAGAUUCAAACCAGGAACAAUUCUCCCAGGUGCACCCAAAAGAUCGAAACUUCAUCUGAUUAAGCAAAGUUCAAUAUUGCCGAUCAGAUACCUCAGGUUUAAUUUAAUAUCAAAAGAAAUAUGGGCGUCUGACGUUGAAGAUUUCGGCCAAAAGGCUGAUAAUGCUGCUCCUAUGCUGAAAACAGAGUCCAAAAUUGUUACUCUUAAGAUUCCAAAAGAAAAAUUAAUGAGUCUUUCAGAGAGACAAACAUAA